UGUUAGUUAGGAACUAAGCUUAUCAUAACACAGACACGUUCUACACAACAGCCAAACACUACAGAAAAAUAUUUAAAAAAAAAUCCAAAAAUCUUAAUCCACACUUAAACCACACUGCUUCCAUGGACACCGAGACAGAGAAACCCGCAGAUGGAACCGGGGCCAGGCCCACGGUAAACGAGACCAAUCCGCAGGAGGUGAGGGAGUUGGCUGUAGCAAAGGAAGUUCCUGAAGCGCCUGAAGCUCCUGUAGCCCCUGUAGCUCCCGUAGCUCCUGAAGCACCUGUAGCCCCUGUAGCUCCUGAAGCUCCUGUCGCCCCUGUAGCCCCUGUAGAUCCUGAAGCUCCUGUAGUUCCUGUAGCUCCUGAAGCUCCUGAAGCUCCUGACGGUCCCAGGGAAGAACAACAAACGGAACCGGAUACCCAACAAGUUGAGGUGCCCGCGGCACUCAGAGAUGGUGCAGAUGAAGCAACCGAAGCAACUGCAGAUGAGGAAUGGGACAAAAGCGGCCCGCAAACGGAUGAGGAGAAGAAGGCCGCACGAAAGGCACGCAUGAAGGAGAAAAUGAAUUUCCGCUUUUCGCUUGGCGAACGCGAUCUUGUGCCCAACGUCGAUCCGGAUGAGGAGCAGAACGACGAGAUGGAGGGUGAGGUAACCGAGUCUAGAGAGGCUCUACGAACCGCAGAUGAUGAGGUACCGGAAGUUUCCGGCAAGCAAACAUCAGCGGAAAACAUGCCGGACGAAGAGAUCGACGUCGACGACCAUUUCACCGAAGACGAUGGCGAUGACGACGACGAUGAGCCCGAGAUGCGUGAGCCACCCCAAGGCGACACAGUACUGGCCAAGUCGAACUUCCUUUCCUACUUCGAAAUGCCAUCAUUAUCCGAUAUAUCCGAGGAGCAUUCCAUCCACGAAGAUCAAAAGAUGCGUCGAUCGAAAUCCCUGGUUUCGCAAUUCAGUACGGCAACCGAAGUUGGUAAAUUUGUCAAUCCUUUGACCGGGAAUCUCGAGAGCGAGUCGACGACCAGCGAGUCGUCAACCGAGAGCAGCAAAAUGGAUGAUCUGGCCCUUGAUUUGGGCGGCGAAAGUGAUGAGCUUGACGUGGACUUUAUGGAUACUGAUUUUCCCGACUUUAAGGACAUCAAGCAUGUCGAGCUGAAGGAUGACGACGAUUUGGACGCAUUUGUUAAAUUCCAUACCAGUUUUAUACACGAUGAAUCCGUUUUCGAGGAUCCCGAUGAGAUCGAGGCCAAGAAACAUAAACGGGAUAUAGCUCAGAUAACAAUGGAUUUUCUAUACGACAUGUUCAAUAAUGUGGUCAACGAUAUGGAAAAUCUUAAUGCUACCGCAAUGCUCCGAAAUAAAAUGGAUAAGGAUAAGCUGAUGAAGACCUUAAUAGAUGUCAAAAAUAAGUAUGCCUUUGAGAAGGAGCUCAACGUUUAUCUCAAUACCAAAAUGGCCGAUUAUUACAAGCGCAUGAAAAACUUUCGAGCAUUCCACAGCCUGGAUCCGCAAAUCAAACCCAAAGAGCGAUUCCGCUAUCAGGAGGCCCUCACACAGUUGGAUCACCGCGUUCUGGUCGCAGCCGACACUAAGAGGAAGAACGCCAUUCUCAUGUCCAGCGUAUUGAUGGAUCUCUCCUAUAUCCAGAACAUUGUCAGAUACACCGAAGAGCAUCUGGAGGAGGUCAUUAUGCGUACGCUGGGCACCAAUAAAUCGGAUUUCCUGAAACGGUUCGUCGAACGUGAACUGCGUCUCAUGAGCCAGAAACGCAACGAGGUCAGCGAUACGCGUCUCUUUCUCAUCACCAGGAAGCAUACACUGGGUCGCAUCGUUGAUAAAAUACACAAGCUGGAAACGAUUAACGAGGAACUCUGCAUGGACGACUUUAUAAGCAUUCAAAAUCAAGUAGUAGCAUUGGACAAAAAAAUCGAAGAACGUAACAAUGAGCUGAAGAAGCUGCGCUAUAAUUAUCACACCGAACUGCAUCUGACGCAGCACAAUCGCGAGAAGGCCUUGGCGCUCGCCAGCAAACUGAAGGGCCAUCGGACGACGCUGCGCAAGACGCAGGAUAAGCAGCGCCAGCUACGCGAACGUCUCUACAAGGCGAAGCUGGAGCGCAGCGCCAUACGCAAGCAGAGCUCGGAUCUCAGCUUUCAGGGCGGACUCCUGUCCAUGCCGGCUCUAAUGUACGACUACGAUGAGACCGUCGAGAAAAUCAUGGCCAAGCAGGAUGUUGUCAAGGAGCUGAAGGAGACCUUUAAGCGUGUCACCCAACGCAUUACCGACUUGGAAACACGCUGCACCUAAGUGCUAGAUGUUUUCUCACAAAAUAAAACAAAACCCAACGAUUUUCAAUCUAUGCAAAGCUUAA